GACUUUUGGCUGCCGAAUUACACUGAAGUUAAAACAGUGUAAAUAAGAAGUGGUUAGACACUGAUCUGAAGCCCCGAUACAGCCUGCUUUUAUUGUGAGGGCAGGGGUGCGGUUUAGCAACCACCUUACAUGCAUUUCUCAUCCAGCAAAAUCCGGGCUUUUAUCCGGUUUGAGGACCAGAAAGUAAAAAGCAGCUAGCCCUCUGCCCCCAUAAACACCGUUAUUCUGAUCGGAUGUGCAUAAACACUUUUUUUUUAGGCCAGAGUGGUGUGGUGUUACACUUGUGCCCUCCCAGUGAGUUGUCUCAGCAGAGGAGACACAGCGGCGCCCUGGGUUAGGUAAACCCCCGCGAUGAGUGGUUUCGGUUUUCUUUCCCGACCCAGCCGUGGUGACUAAAGUCUGUGCGGAGCCCGGGGUCCUGCGCAACUAUGAUCAUCCUCAGUACACCCCGGACCCUCCUCGUGUUGCUCUCGGGGGCACUGUUCCUCACCCAGACCAAGGCGGGCUCCCACUCCCUGAGGUAUUUUCACACCGCCGUGUCCCGGCCCGGCCGCGGGGAGCCCCGCUUCAUCGAAGUCGGCUAUGUGGACGACACGCAGUUCGUGCGAUUCGACAGCGACGCCGCGAAUCCGAGGAUGGAGCCGCGGGCGCGGUGGGUGGAGCGGGAGGGGCCGGAGCAUUGGGACCAGGAGACACGGAUCGCCAAGGACAACGCACAGAACUACCGAGUGAACCUGCGGACCCUGCGCGGCUACUACAACCAGAGCGACGCCGGGUCUCACACCAUUCAGGUGAUGUUCGGCUGCGAAGUGGGGUCAGAUGGUCGCCUUCUCCGCUGGUACAAUCAGCAUGCCUAUGAUGGCGCCGAUUACAUCGCCCUGAAUGAGGACCUGCAAUCCUGGACAGCGGCGGACACGGCCGCUCAGAUUACGCAGCGCAAGUGGGAGGAGGCCGGUGUGGCGGACCACAUCAGGGCCUACGUGGAGGGCAGGUGCCUGGAGUGGCUCCGCAGAUACCUGGAAAACGGGAAGGAGACGCUGCGGCGAGCAGAAACAUCUUCCCAGCCCACUAGCCUCGUCAUGAGCAUUGUUGCUGGCCUGGUUCCUGUAGCUGUGGUUGUUGAAAAUGUGAUCUGAAGUUCUCAAGUAGAGAUGGGGAUGGAUGGAAGAAAAGGGACCUAUGCUAAAACUGCAAGGUUCUUAUGUGUCUCUGUAACGUGUCCCUUCUAAAGCGUGAGACCGCUGCCUUGUAUGGGACUGAGUGAUACAAGAUUUAUUCACACCCUGCUUUAUGAUUCAAGAACCCCGGACUUCUCUUCCUGCAACUGUUUUUUUUUUUUUUAAAGUUAACAAGAAAUGUAAUUUAAUAAUAUUAAAAAUAAAACAUAGAGUAAAAUA